AUGUUAGUGGUGUGCUCCAAUCUUUAUCGAUUGGCGAAAACCACAUUGAGCGCGCAAUACAUUCCAUUGAUGUCGUACACAAUCUGUAUGUGUAUGCAAAUUCUUAUCUAUUGUUGGUACGGAAAUGAAGUUAAAUUAAAGAGUAUUCAAUUUUCCGAUGAAAUUUUCGGAAUGGAUUGGAUAACAGCAGACCAGAAAGUAAGAAAAAAUCUUAUAAUGAUUAUGAAUCGCUCUCUGACACCCAUCGAAUUUUCUAGUGCAUAUAUUCUUACAGUGAAUCUAGAUUCGUUCGUGAAGUUACUUAAGAUGUCGUAUUCUGUAUAUAAUAUACUUAAACAUACGAACGAAGAAUAA